AUGUCGAGCGACCUGAGGAGGCCGAGAGCAGGGGCCUGUGUGACUUGUCGAUCCCGCAAGCGUCGCUGCAUUCCGAAUCCGAACGGAGAUGGCUGUCAACUGUGCUACGAGAUAGCAAAACCCUGCAGCCUCAGUAUCGCGUCUCGCCCCGAGAGAAUAAACAAUGGUGGAGAACACCUGCCGACUGGCGGAACUGGGCUUUCGAGCUUCCCCUUGGACCUGCCAUCACAAGUCUCGCCGAUCGUGCCUGAGACUCCUCUCGGAGAACUGGCGUCGCGAGAACUAUGUGCCGAGCUCGUUCAGCUGUAUUUCCGCUUUAUCCAUGACAUAGCUCAUACGAUAUUCCACGAACCUACCUUCCUGCGACGCCUAUAUGAUGGCACAGCGCCCAUGAUACAGGUGUAUGCGAUGUGCGGACUGGCUGCUAGAUUCUCUAGCAAUCCGGUCUUUGAGGGCACCGCUCCUUGCGAUCGUGGAAAUGUCUUCCUCACGGAAGCGGUUCGUCUCUGCCAACCAUACAUUAUUUCUCCGAGCCUGGAAACGGCUCAAGCAUUUCUCCUCAUUGGGUACUACUUCAGCGGGGAAGGCAACGUGGAUGGCAAGCACAUAUAUGUCGGAUUGGCUCGGCUGCAUGCCGAGAGAUUGUCACUUAACAACAACUCGAAUGAUGUUUACCAGGAGGAAUACCGACGCACUUGGCUCUCAAUCCACAUAACAAGCCAUUGGUCGGCCUGGGACAUGGCCAUGGAUCCCCUAAGCCUGCCCGACGAACUGGAAUUUAUACCUAAGAUCGAUGACGCGACGUUCCGUACCGCCAACACUGAGCUAGUCAAUGUGAACCAUGUUCAAGAAGAAUUUCGCUGUGACAUGUGGGCUCAAAUGGCGCGCACCCUUGGAAUAUUCGCCAAGGUCAAUAACGCGUUGCGAAGGUUGAGCCGCAACAUGAUCUCGUUUGAUGAGUAUUGUCUGCAAGCAGCCGAGCUGGAAGCUUCACUAGACCGGUGGGCGGACAAUCUGCCGCCCAAGUUGACCUGGAACUUUGACAACCUCAUGUCACUGGCGGGAAGACGGCUCGGUCAAAUAUAUCUCGCGAUGCACGUCGGCUUCUUCCAUUUCAAGCAAAUGCUCUUUUUCCCGUUCCUUAAUGCCAGAGCCGUCAAGUCUUCCAGACUCAACGGAGCGCUGAAGUGCAAGGACGGCGCAUCGACAGUCUCGUCUAUCCUGCAGUACUCCAAGAAUAUCAGGGACUGCGAGCUGGACAAUUUUAUCUACGGACACAUUGUUGUCGUCAGCUCGUGCGUUCAUCUCCAUACUCUGUUAUUCAGCGAUGAUUUUCGCGAGCUCGCAAUCACACGACAACGCCUAGUAUCCAAUUUCCAGUAUCUGAUGGCACUCAAGUCGUAUUGGCCGAUUGUUGAACACAUUGCCAUUCAACUACGAACAUUCCAAAACUCCUGUAGGGACUCAAUGUCGGACCCAUUUGUGUUAGACAACUGGAUGGUGCGCUUCCUCAUAGAACACUCCUCCCUGCUGUCAGAAAGGCAGCUUGUUCAAUCCGCCGAAUCUGAACCGCUUGCGGCGCCAAACUCCAAAACAGUCUCUGGCGCUGCUACUCCUGCUAUGCUGCCUACCAUCGAGUUCCUCACUACAUAUGCAGAUGGAGACAGCAGUUCAACCAUUCCAGAGGAAAACUUAACCCAGUGGAGCGAUUUAUCUCAACUUCUACAUGAUCGGGAAAUAACCGGAGAAGCCCUAGUCGACAGCGCCCUCAGUUGGCUAUUGGAUGAUCGAGGAAGCCAGCUGAGUGAGAUUACUGGAGCAGUACCGUGGCAACAACCUCCCCCAAUGACCAACGAGACCCCUGUCUCCGCUGAACGCAUUGUUGCGUAUCUGAAUGCGACGUGGCUUAUGUUGGGCAUAGUUUUCCUUGGGAUUAAAACUCGUACGAGGCUCCGGUCGUUUGAAAUUCGUGCUCACCGGUGCCACAAGCCCGUCGAUCUCGGCGCGAAAAUGUACGACUGA